AUGAAAGCUGCCUUCUUACUUCUGCUUUUUAGCAUCAUCCUGAAGCUCGGAAAACUUGUUAAAGGAGCUAAGACCUUCUCUGAAAAUGGGCUAGACGCAACUUCAUUCCUUGGAGAUCGGGAUACCCCUGUGUGUGGAGAGUUACCCAUUGACCAGCCUUCGACAUCGGUCAUUGACGCCGGCCUCAAUGGCUUGCCCGGGGCGUCGGUCGAUUAUGGAAUUAGCGACGGGUGCAAGAAGACAGGCGGUUGCGACGAGACGAAAGAUAGAAAAGAUUGUCUUGAUAAAAGAGGCCUGCUAAGUGGGAUAGGGAAGAGGAUAUUCGGGAAGAAGGGUGGUGGGAACAAAGGUAAUGGGAAAAAGAAUGAUGGAAAGGGGAAUGAACAUACUACAAAGGACAGUCCCAAGCCAACAAAAGAGGAGCCUAAGCCCACGUCCACUCGGCCUACUAAAAAUACCACCACGUCAACUGCUACAACAUUCUCCAAACCGACUUCCACGACGAUCCCUAGAACUACUGAAGAUGCCCCCAAGCCAACAUCUACAACACUCUCCAAGUCCUCAUCUACCAAAAAUCCGGAGCCAUCAUCCACUUCUACUUGUGAGAAUGGCAAUGGAAAAAAGGGAGGACAAGACUGUUUGGACGAUUGCCCCAAUAUUGAAGUUUGGGAGCCAGGGACAUUUGAAGAUGAUGACCGAGAAGAGCUGGCCAUCCGAGGGACCGGCUUGUUCGGCAUGGAAAAGAGAGCAAAGAGUGGUGGCAAAAGUGUCAAGAUAUGUGGUCUUCAAGUGUACACCGAUGCUUAUCCGCCUGGAGGCCAGCUAACAAAGACUUCUGGUAUUUCGAAUGAUAUCAUCUUCGCCCUAGCAAAUCCGAAUUCAUGUGGAGACUUCGACUUCGGAAAACGCCCAAAUAAAAAGUAUGAUACCACUUACUCCUCUAAGGGUAAGAAAGUGAGUGGGAACCAGUUGCUUGAAACGGAGCAUGUACUGGAGAGCCAGAUAAUUGAUAUCUUCUUCCGGAAUAUGUCAAUGACACUGCCCAAAAAAUAUGCCGACCCAUACGAGAUGUCGCCCAAAGACAAGGUGGAUCUCUGCAAAUACAUCACCCCCUAUUGGGACAUGAAUAAUAACAAUCCGCUGCCAACUGUGAAUAAAGUAACUAAAAAUGGCCCUCAGUUGAUUGCUGAUCAGUACCCAACAAAGUCAAAAUGGCAAGAGGAAUUCUUUCUAUUGCCUAAGGGUGUUAAUGGGCUAAAAGGAGUUGUGUGGGGCGACAAAACUAUUGUAAAAGAUGGUUUAAAAGCUGAUCUGGAUAAGGAUUUCCUGAAAGGAGACCUUCAAAAGUCCAAACAUGUGAAAGCAAUUAUGAAGUUUAAGGAUGUGAUGUCUAUGUAUAAAUACCACCACGACUCCGCCGUGGUGGAUGUCCUUAAGCUGCAGGUUGGACGCAUAUCGAAAACGCUUGAGGAAGUCGAGAAAAGCCUCAAAAAUCUGGACUUUGAACGUCACGGCACCACGAAAAAAAUUUGGCGGAAUUACGAUUCCCAGAACCUGCAUACGAAAUGGGAAGAAUGGAUCAAAAAACACACGGACGACACCAUAGCCAGGACCAAUAAGUUUUUUGCCGCCAACUAUGAUGAUAUGGUAGCAGCAAGGAAGGAGUUGGAAAAGGUGGAUAAGUCGAAGAUGAGCAAAGAUCACAGAAAGAGAUAUGAGAAGGUUAUUCAGUAUCAUAAAAGCGCAGAAAAAGCGUACAGGUAUUUGAAGAAAGUGGAAUGGAGAAAUCCUUUCUAA